AUGCUCUCUGUCCUCCGAGCACCGGCCCCGCUCGCCUCGAUCUCUCGCGCCGCCAUCCGUCCCGUCAUGACUGCCGCUGCCGCCGCCAUGACUGAGGAGGAGAGCUUCCUAUUCGACCUCAACGGCUUCCUGGUCGUUCGAGGCGUCUUCACCGCCGAAGAGGUUGCAGCAGCCAACGCAGCCGUGGAUGCGCACGCCGCAGAGGAGCUCAAGGCCCGUGGUGCCGCGGCGCUGCGCAACGCCAAGAGCGGCACGCCGAUGGCGGCGAGCGGACCACGGAUGGAUAUGGGCGGCAUGCUCUGGUGGCAGGCAGAUCAGUCGAAGCUCUUUCGCGACAUGCUCACACACCCGAGGCUAGUCCCGUACUACCGGGCCCUAUGCGGGGAGGGGUACCGGAUGGACCACCAGCCGCUCCUCGUCGCGCAGGGGCCCGACUCUGAGGGCUUCAAGUUGCACGGCGGCCCCAUCUCGGGCGCAGACGGCGUGCCUCAGGGCGUCUUCAACCCGGAGUUGCAGUACCGCUGCGUGCACGGGCAGCUGUGGACGUCGCUGCUGGCCGCCUCGGUGCAGCUCUGCGACCACCAGCCGGGCGACGGCGGCUUCUGCAUCGUGCGAGGCUCGCACAAGCUCAACCUGCCCGUGCCGACCGACUUUGCGGACGGGGUGGGCUCGGCCUUUGCCGAGCACAUCCACCACCCAGCCACCCGGGCGGGGGACGUCGUCCUCUGGUCGGAGGCGACGGUGCACGGCGCGACCCCGUGGCGCGCGGAGCGCGAGCGGCGCGUCGCGAUCUACCGCUUCGCGCCUCCGAACAUGGGCUACGGCCGUGGCUACCUCGACAUCCCUCCCGGCGCGAUGGAGGGCCUCACGCCCCUGCAGCGCGCCGUGCUCGAGCCGCCGUACGCCACCCGCCUCGAGCGGCCGCUCGUCACGGCCAGCGCGGCGGCGGAGGAGGACGGGGCCACGGAGGCGGUGCGGCACCUUAGGUCGGAGGCGAAGAAGGAGCACGACCGGCAGACGCUGGGCACGGCGUACUUCUGA